CCUGGACGGACGCAGCUCUGAUUGGUUAAACCCUCCCGGACACUCCGUAGUUGCUCGAUUCCAUUGGCUGAGAUCUGUCUCUAUGCAAAUCCAACCCUGGAGGGACGCAUUCCAGCACUGCGGACUGACUGCCAGUAAAACCCUGCCUCCCACUGUCGGGACGUUCAUUCAUACGCAGCAACUCAACUCUAUACACAACCGGAGCAUUCAACAAGGGUUUGUCGAAAUAUAAGGCUGUUUGCAGUGACACAUCCUAACCUAUUCCUCGUUGACAUUCCAGACAACAUUUAUAAAAGCGAAAUUGAAGUAUAAAAGUUUUUUCCGUCUCACAUGUUGGCACGCAUAGAGACGAGAAGAUUCCUAUUGCGAAUUGGGGAGCCAUAGAACAUCUAUCGAAGUUGACCUUUUGUGGCGAGUAACUCACAAGUUAUUGAAGAACAACAGAAGAGAAAAAAAUAACCCAACUGGACUUUCUUAUUCGCUGCUCGCUUGAAUGCGCCCUGAGACCUCCUUGGAUGACGGUCGGGUUUUAUUUAGUAUCUGGUCGGUGGAUGCCUCUUCAGUUUCUGUGUCCAUAACACGGAUCAUGGAAUGAGGACUUCACACACAGAGAUUUAGCGGGAUGUGCGUAAUUUGUUAACGGAAGGUCUUUUACUCCACUACAACGCAUAGACCUAGUUUUAUUCGUGCCCACGCAGGUACCUUCAGACUCUCGCCUGAUUCCCACUGUUGAUCCACGUGCCUUGGGAGAGUUCAUCUAAAGACAACGGGUUUCAUUUUAGAGGCAAAUAUCAGAAGAAACAUAGAGCUAUAUAUUCCACAGAGAGUCAGUUUAACUGGAUCCUACUGCGGUGUGCAAAUGGUCUUCCUUUGGGACGCCAAAUACGACCCAGCACCUGGUCGGCGCUUCACCCCCCCUUCCACCACCCUGUUGUCAGGUAAGAUGAGUGAGGGUCUGCCCCUGGGUGCCCAGGAGAGCAGUAGCGCCGCCCUGGUGGGAAAGCUGCAUAUUGCAGACCGAGGCAUGGUGGAGGUGCUGUCAGAUCACCCUGGAGAACUGGUGAGGACAGACAGCCCCAACUUCAUCUGUUCUGUCCUACCCACACACUGGAGGUGCAACAAGACGCUGCCCAUCGCAUUCAAGGUGGUUGCCCUUGGUGAUAUCCCUGACGGUACCUUGGUCACGGUGAUGGCAGGGAACGAUGAGAACUACUCAGCAGAGCUCCGCAAUGCCACGGCCGCCCUCAAGAACCAGGUGGCUCGCUUCAACGACCUGCGCUUCGUAGGCCGCAGCGGACGAGGGAAGAGUUUCACUCUGACCAUCACGGUGUUCACCAACCCUCCCCAGGUGGCCACCUACCAGAGAGCUAUCAAGAUCACCGUGGACGGGCCCAGAGAACCACGCCGCCACAGACAGAAGCUGGAGGAUGUGAAGACGGGAGCAUUGGCCUUCUCCGAGCGUCUGAGUGAGCUGGAGCAGCUAAGGCGGAGCUCCAUGAGGGUCACGCCCCCUCACCAUCAUCACCACCACGCCCCCACUCCCAAUCCCCGGCCCGCCCUGAACCCGGCCCAGUUCAGCAACCCCACACACCACACACAGAUACCAGACUCUAGGCAGAUGCAGACAUCUCCGUCGUGGUCCUAUGAGCAGUCCUACCCCUACCUGGGUCAGAUAACCACGCCCACCGUCCACUCAACCACGCCCAUCUCACCCAGCCGCUCCUCCCUCAGUGACCUGUCCAGCCGCCUCUCAGGCCCUGACCUCACAGCCUUCAGCGACCCCCGUAUGUCCCUGGAUCGCCCGUUCUCCUCCCUGGCCUCGCUUCCUGACAGCCGCUACUCUGACCCCCGCAUGCACUACCCUACUGGGGCCUUCACAUACACCCCUACCCCUGUAUCCAACGGCGCCAUCGGACUCACCAUGGCAACCACCCCUGCUGGGCGCUACCACACCUACCUCCCCCCACCCUACCCCACAAACGCCCCCCAGGGCCAAGGUGGACCCUUCCAGGCCGGUUCCUCUCCCUACCACCUGUACUAUAGCACGGCCGCUGGGUCUUACCAAUUCUCCAUGAUGGCGGGGGGAGGCGGGGAGCGGUCUCCUCCGAGGAUAUUCCCUCCCUGCACCAACGCAUCCACAGGCUCCUCCCUCCUGCACCCGUCUCUGCCAAAUCAGAGCGAAGGGGUGGGGGUGGAAGCGGAGGGAAGUCACAGUAGCUCCCCUACCAAUAUGGUACCCGAGGCCGUAUGGCGGCCAUAUUGAGCACGGCAGCGGGGUUGACAAAUGAUUGACGGACUUGCUGGCUAUUUGGAGUGGAGAAGGGGCUUUCACGGAGCGUUCCUAUUGGAUCAUUAGAAUGAUCAAGGAACAAAUUGAGGAAGGAACAGAAACAGGGUGCCAUUUUACACCGAGGAGCAUGCAGCAGCACUGAACUGAAAAGAAUUCAGCUUUGUUUUAUAAAAGGAUUGUUUGCCAUGGUUAGGAUUGUUGUUGGUAUUAUGAAUUACUCGUGGCCAAAAAUACAAUGGGUGAUUUUUAUGUGUGCCACAGGAACUCCCCUCAUAUCCCACCUCCCCUUGUACCUCCGCCCCCUCUCCUCCCUUAUCCCCCUCCCCCCUCGUUCAAAAUGGAGAGAGUGCUGUUAAUGUAAAUGAUGGCCAGCCAAGAUCUGUGUCUGUUCUGUCAUGUUUGUAUUGGUUUAUGGCCGUGAUAUUGUCUGCACUGAUCUACAAUCAGCACUGUUAGUCGAUUCACAAUGGUUAAGGGUAGGAAUUUACUGGGAAUGCUGUACCCAGUUCAGUGCUUAUGGACAUUGUACUGUCACACCAAACUAUAACAGUUCGUUUGCUUUAUGAUUCCUUAAUUUAUUCUCUUACAAUACCUUUUUGGUUGUACUGUGUGUGUGUGUGUGUGUGUGUGUGUGUGUGUGUGUGUGUGUGUGUGUGUGUGUGUGUGUGUGUGUGUGUGUGUGUGUGUGUGUGUGUGUGUGUGUGUGUGUGUGUGUGUGUGUGUGUGUGUGUGUCUGUGUGUGUGAGAAGGAACAGAUAAGGCCUACAUUGCCACAUGAUUCACCUCAUAUUUGUAAAUAGUCUUGAAAUGUAAAUGACGACAUUGUCCAUGUUUGAUGACAUCAUGGCCUCCCACACAGGUAUGUCACAGCAACAUCAAAUACGCCUUUUCUCACAUUUUGCUUUACUUUAUGAAUAUAAAUAUUGUUGUAAAGAAAAUAAAACCAGUCUUUUUGUAUUUUCUCUAAAUCUCUCUCUCCCACUCUCUGUCGCAAUCUCUCUCUCUCCCUUUUCCUCUCUCAUAUUGGGCUGAAGGG